AUGACAAGCAACGGACCUGUCAUCGUCUACGAGUGGCUGAAGACCCUCCAGCUCUCCCAGUAUGUCGAGUCUUUCGUGGAUAACGGAUACGACGACCUGGAAGUUUGCAAACAAAUAGGGGAUCCAGACCUGGAUGCCAUCGGCGUUUACAUCCCUCACCACAGGCAGAAAAUUCACGACGCGGUGAGGAGGCUGAAAGAGGAAGCAAAAGAGACGGCCAGUGGACUUUACUUCACUCUGGAGCCGAUGCCACCCGCAGCAGAGAUUUAUAGCGGUCACAUAGUGGAGUUUGAGUCGAAACUAAGAGGGUCCAAGUCCUGGACUGAGCCCAAUUGUGACCGAAUCGGGCGUAACGGUGGGUACAUGGGUGCGCAGAGGAACAUGACGCUGGGGAACAGGAGAGAGCUGGUUAUUUAUCCCAAGCUGAAGCUGAAGAUCAUGAUCAGAGAUAAACUCAUCAGAGAUGGCAUCAACUUGGCCAAGCCGCCCUACUCUAACAAGGAUGGUUCUCUGGGCAACAUAGAUGACCUUGCCCAGGAGUACUCUGAAUAUUACAACACCUGCUUUAGCGACGUCAGCGACCGCAUGGAGGAACUACGGAAACGCAGAGUCUCCCAGGAGCUGGACUUGGAGAAACAGGAUCCAAGCAGUACCUCUCUGCAGCUCCGAAAUGAGAUCCAGGAAUCUUUGGGCUUCAGCAGUGAGGUGUCCACGCCGGAAACAGACAGAAAAAAUCCCCUCCACAAGUCCAACUCUGAAGAUGGAUCUGGAGGAAAGUGGGACAGUAAGAAGAAAAACAAGUCUUUUUGGCAGAACUUCCGUAAAUCUCCGCACAAACCCGUUGCUCGGCAGUCAUCGAAAGGAGAGGAUAUUGGCUAUGUGGCCAGUGAGAUCACCAUGAGCGAUGAAGAACGGAUCCAGCUUAUGAUGAUGGUGAAAGAGAAGAUGAUCACUGUGGAAGAAGCUCUGGCUCGGCUGAAGGAGUAUGAGCGCAACAGACAGUCCAGCAGUACUGACACUGCAGAGUGGACUGACGGAUCUACAGCCAAUUUAAACCAGUCCUCAAACUGCAACUCUCGUGAAGAGUCAGAUGAUGAGCAAUCUGAGGACUCCGUGAAGUUCAAACGGCUUCAUAAAUUGGUCAAUUCAACACGGCGAGUCAGAAAGAAACUCAUCAAGGUGGAGGAGGGAAAGAAGCAUGCGCCUGAAGAUUUUCUUAACCUGGAGACACCUCCCCGCUGUGAGGACAACACAGCUUUGUACACAGGGGUUCUAAAGAAGCCAUUUUCACCUCAGGAGGCUUCUCUGCCCUCUCUCACUCACGAUCAACUCUCCCUGGAUGGGGACACAGACAGCCUAACAACCUCCCCGUCCUCCAGCAGUCUGGACACCUGGUCCGGACACAAGCUGGUGAAAACUUUCAGCAAAUCUUCCAGUACCCACGGUCUCAUCCGGCCCCCCAGGAGAACCCCGGCCAGCUCCACCGCCCCAGCAGGCUCCGUCUCCGGCAUAGCCGGCAGUGGCUCUUCCUUCUCUGAGCUUGAUGGCUGUGGAUUGGACGAUGAGGGGAAGCUGUCCCGCUCCACAACAGAUGGCGAGAUGAGGAAGGCCCUGAGCUCCAUCUCCCACGGGGUAAGUAACAACGAGGCCCUCUAUGCCUUUUACGGCCUCACCAAACCUCGCCCCAAGCCCCAUUCCCAGUCCCGCCUUCUGAUAUCCCUGGAUGACGGGCCACAAGGCAGCCCCAAGCAUCAACCUGCCAAUCGGCACCAUGGCAGCUGGACACACCGGAAACCUGACCCCAACUACGCGUAUUCCACCAAGCACCUGCUGUACCAGCGCUCCCGUAAUGCCAAGGCCCCCAUCUCCCCCCUGUCCGUCACCCCCGCCUCCCCCGUGCGCUGCGAUGUAGCCAAAUCGAAAGGUUUCGGGAGCGGGGGAGGGGGCUGGGUGUUCCCCUCUCGCAGGCUGCGAGGCCGAACAGCGGUCAGUGAGCUGAACAUCACCUAUGUGGUAGAACGGAGUCUGUACGGUCACCUCAACUGGGCCCAGCUGGUCCGCCCAGUUACCCUCAGCCGCGCUGAGCGCCGCUGUCUAUUGGAGGAGGACCGUGAAGUGGAAAGGAAGUGGGCGGCCAGCGUGGACCGCUGCACCAAGCGUGUGCUCUUGCGCAUCCAGCAGAAGUCUGUGAGUUUAGACCUCGGGGUUUCUAGUCGACCGCCGCGUAGAACUUGCAGUUUCGGGGGCUUUGACCUGUCCAACCGUUCUCUCCAUGUGGUCAACACUGGCUCGGAGGCGAAUAAUAAAGAACAGGAGGCAAUAUACCGGGAAGUGGUCAAAUCCCCCACCACAUCUCGGAUCUCACUGGGCAAGAAAGUUAAGUCGGUGAAGGAAACCAUGAGGAAGCGCAUGUCGAAGAAAUACAGCAGCUCCCUGUCUGAGCAGUCCAGCCCGGAUGGAGCCCCUGGUUCCCCACAAUCUCCUCUGCCAGACACAGACUCUCUGGAGAAACCAAAGCUCAAGGCCGGCGGCUCAGUGGAAAGCCUGCGCAGUUCACUCAGCGGACAGAGUUCAAUGAGCGGUCAGACGGUGAGCACCACCGAUUCGUCAGCCAGCAACAGAGAGAGCGUGAAGUCAGAAGAUGGAGAUGAUGAGGAGCCGCCUUACAGAGGACCAUUCUGUGGCCGUGCCCGAGUCCAUACAGAUUUCACUCCCAGCCCCUAUGACACAGACUCCCUCAAACUGAAGAGAGGAGAUGUAAUUGACAUCAUCAGCAAGCCCCCCAUGGGAACAUGGAUGGGCCUACUCAAUAACAAAGUUGGCACCUUUAAAUUCAUAUACGUGGAUGUGCUGAGCGAAGAAGAGGAGAAGCCAAAGAGGCCUGUUAGGAGGAGGAGGAAGGGUCGACCCCCUAAGCCCACGUCAGUGGAGGAGCUGCUGGAGCGCAUCAACCUCAAGGAACACAUGCCCACUUUCUUGUUCAAUGGCUACGAGGACCUGGACACAUUCAAGCUGCUGGAGGAGGAGGAUUUAGAUGAGCUGAACAUCAGAGAUCCUCAGCACAGAGCCGUGCUGCUCACGGCUGUCGAGCUUCUGCAGGAGUAUGACAGCAGCAGUGAUCCAGAGCGCGGCGGGCUUUCAGGCUCUCAGGAAAAGCUACUGUCUGAGGGUCGGGGGCUGGUAGGAGACUCCCCACGGGACUCCGGAUGCUACGAGAGCAAUGAAAAUCUGGAGAAUGGCAAGAGCAGGAAAACAUCCCGUUCCAGUCGUUCUUCUGCCGGGCUCCAGUCUCCAGACUACCCCACAUUACCCAUGACUCUCUCUACUGAGGCUCUGCAGCAGAAUGGCAAAAACCAGCGCACAAAGUUCCCCAAAAACCUCUUCAUCAAGCCCUCCCUGAAGGGCUUCAACUUGUUAGGUCUGCGCAAAGCCCAGAGAAAGUCUCCCAUACCAGCCAGCCGCAGCUGUGAGGAUCUCGAUGGCCCCCCCGAGCCCAACGGACCCUGGAAACGUUCCCACUCUCUGGGAGAUCUGCACUGGGACGCAAACUCUAAGCAGAAAGCUGACCCUAAUGUGGUGCCUAAACCCACCAAGGAACUAUUUAAAUCCAGCAGCAGUAGUCCCAUCAAGGUCUGUAGGGAGGACAGUUCUCCAGCCCAAAAUGGGAGUCCAUCGGUAAGCUUCAAAGGAGGGGUGGACAGACCAAUCAUACCCUCCCAGCUGUCUCUUCGCGCUCCAUGUCCGACAGCCCAGUCCUCCAACACUCCAGAGCUUCUCUCAAGUCCCAUUCCAAGUCCUCCUGAUUCCAGUGCGAGCGGUGAGAGGCUCAUCCGGACUCACCCCAAAAAGCCUCCCAUCCCGCCUCCCGUUCCCGCAAAGAAGUCAAAAGAGAGGCUGGCCAAUGGCUUGCGUCACCCACCUCUGUCCCUGCCUUCCACACCGUCGCCCAGCGCCUCGCCUUCCCACUCAUUCAUCCGUUCGCAACCCAGCAGCCCCGUAAUCCGGAGCCCCAGCCCCGUAAUCCGCAGCCCCAGCCCCGGCCUCACCGCCCCGGCCCUCCCCGCGAAGACACCGCCCACGCCGGCCAGCCCAAGCGCCGCCUCCACGCCGUCGUCCACGGGUGAAGAAUCAGGGAGCCCACCGGCAGCGCAGCCUCCGUGGCUCGCAGAUCUCGGGGGUAAAAUGGCCGUGACCAGGAAGGCCUCUCACUCCAAAAUGAGUCCUGACCUGCUUACCCUCCUGGAGCAGCGACUGCAGGCCGAGGGCAUCGAUCUCACAGAGGAGCCGUACUCCGACAAGCAUGGGCGUUGUGGUAUCCCUCAGCCGCUGGUUCAGCGCUACUCUGAGGACUUGGAGCAACCUGUCAAAGAAGUGGCCUCAACCAUGGACCAACUCAGAGUCAAAGAUCUCCGUAAGCAACACCGCAUGGCUAUCCCCUCUGGAGGUUUGACGGAAAUGUGCAGGAGACCCGUACCCUUGAGUAACAUCAGCACAGUGUCUGAUUGGCUGGUCUCCAUCGGCUUGCCCAUGUACGCCACAUCUCUGGCAGCGGCAGGCGUCGACACUCUGAGCCGCGUUGCCUUGUUAACCGAGAACAGUGUGCGGGAGGCCGGGGUGCGGGAUGAAAGACACCGCCACCGCCUGAUCAGUGAGGCCCGACUGGUCAACGUGCACAGGGAGGUGCAGCAAUAA